AUGUUGCUCAGACAUAUCUACAACGACCCAUUGGAACCUAUGAGCCACGAGUCUAAGCGAACGUUUCUAACAUACGUAGAGGGAAUGAGCAAUCACUCCUUCCGUUGUGCUGUCCAUUACAAGGAGGCCGUUCGCGAGUUGCUUCGUAUGGAAUACUAUGCGAAACAAUGGCAGGUCGAAGUAUCAAACAGGCUGGAGACUUUCUCGAUUUCAUUGUCUCGUGAAGCAGAGGGUAGGUUCCGGGGGGCAGAGAAAGAAUCGCAAUGGUUACUCAAUAUGUUACUUGACCGGGAGUCAUUGUCUACUGCUCAUGGAGAUCCCGACGCUCUUGUUGUGGCUUGCAAUGAAAGCAGGAAUGCUAUCCGUAGUGUUGAUGACGAGCUCAGUGUUUUAAACUGUCGAAAGGUGCAGGAUCCCGACAUAUUGAAUGCCAUCCGAGCCCAUGCGUGUUUCCCUCCUGGUUACCAUGAGGAGUCGUCCACCACCAUGAACGCUGAGCAUCACUCACAGUCGCGCCCUAUUCCCAAUCUGCUUGUCCAUCGCGGUUGUUGUCCGCUCGAUUCCACUGCCUAUGAUCAUGAGAAUAACUCUUAUCAUCAUCAUGAUGGCCCACCCGCGCCCGAUUUUUAUGGCGCAUCCCGAUCCAAUAUCUACUAUGACACACCUCUACAUAACGACAUCUACGACACCCCUAACGAACCCAUCCUUUUGCCACCUCAGGACUACCCCCAAGUCCCGAUAGACAACAACUCCCAUCUUACGGGUCCUGAUCUAGUAAACCCACCAUUCCCGGCAAUGCAGAACAUUAGUACCUACUACGGCUCGGAAAUUUCGCAGAUCAACAACUAUUUCCCUCACCUGGGUUUAAAUCCCUUCCCUGUGCCACAACACAACAUUGGCUAUCACUUCCAUAAUUUCCCUGUGCCAACGUUGUCUAUGGACGGUAGUUCUACGUUGCCAUCGGCGGCAGGGGACAUACCGCCUAUCAUAGACCCGACACCUGUCAGUAAUCGCAGCUCGUUGGCGUCCAAAAGUCGGCAGACCUUCAAAAGACGUCAAGAACAACUACAUAUUAUUGAUUGCUCGGGUCAGCCACAAAAGCGGUCGCGGCGAAAGGCUCGGUCGAGUCGAGCAUCACAGUCUGCAGCGUCUUUUCAUCCAGACGUGACUGAACCUUUACUGCCGUCAUCAGUCACGCUACCGCCCCUCACGUAUGAUGGGACUGACCCAAUACAUGAGCAGAUCGUCAGAUCUGCGGAGAUUAGUAUCAUUCGAAUCAUCAUCAACGAUUCAGCCAUACUAGAAUCUCUUGAAAGAGAGGAUCUCGUUCAUACAGAGCUAACCCGCACAGUAAUAUUUCACUGUCUCAAGGAUGAUGAUGGGCAGGAUGCCGAAGUUCGAAGCAAGCAGGUCGCUGAAGUUCGACAGUUCAGUGACGACUGGACAAGCGAGAAUGCAGGCACCCUGUACAUGCAACUCUCGGCUCCCAGCAAGUGCAUAAUGGCAACGUGCAAGAGGCUUGCACGACACAAAGUGGAACGAGGGUACAAACUGCGUCCGUCAGCUUUCUCCCGCAUUUCUGAAGCAGAGCUGAAGAAACGUGAGAUCGCAAGCCUCAUCUUCGACAAGACGUUCCCCCUGAGAUAUAUUUUCGGGGUGGAUGAGGUAACCGGCAUAUUGUAUGCAUUUGAGCACGAGGUGAUCUGGGACAUUGUUCUGGGUGUAGUGUCGGAACUCAAGUACCGACACUACAUCACAGACCUAGAUAAUUUGUUUUGUACUGCUGCUGCAGCAGUAUAUUGUGUUUUGCUGGAGCUCUUGGGGGGAAAACUUACCGAUAUCGAGUUUUCGGCUCAGGCUUUCAAACAUGUCUAUGACAAACUCAAACCCUAUAUCCAAGACCACAUCUACACUGAUGCACAGCUAUCAAAGAGAUGCACUAGUUCGGACACACGGCACAUACUAGGAACAUAUUACCCGAUCAUGACGGCCACUUCCGAACUUCCUCAGCCGGAGAUCCAAAGGCGAACAGGACAGUUUAACCCAUUCACCUCAGUAGGCACAAUUUCAUGUUCAGCAUUCCUGGAGAUGUUAGUGCCCGUGCACCGUGGCCCUCUGACUCGGAUCCUUCAACUUGACGCGGCACAUAGUACAACAACUCUUUUGUUUCUAGCCAAAAUUCUCAAAGUUUCUGGUGUACCUCUCUCUCUCGACAGCGAGCAAUCAUUGAUUAGCACUUGCGUUCUGUGCCAGAAUUUCAGCUCUUCAUCCGAUGAUAGUAGUACUACUGAGGCUCCUCCUCAACACGAGUCAUUGUCAUUGACAGGGUUCUUGCCGAUAUGCUUCCCAAAGGAGAACCUGCUCGCUGAUGCCUAUUCAUAUCAUAAGUCUUCCUUGUCUCAACCAAAGCGGGUGGAUAAGUAUUGUAUAAACCUUCCAAAAGCAUCAACCGUCGUCACGGUCAUGUGUGACUGUGAUUGGAAUCCUCAAGCUAUUGCUCAGGCCCAUCGCAUUGGUCAGACGAAAAGCGUCAAGGUGUGUCCGAUUGUAUGUCACAACUCAUUCUACAAACCUCUUCCUAGAUAUAUCGCCUUAUUUGUCACGGAAGUGUCGAGGAUCAGAUGCGAGACCACAUUCAUUGCAAGAUGUUCCUAUAAUGUCUUCCUCAACAUCGCCAUCUUCUCCCAACGGGCAGGGUUGCACAAGCAUCCGUUCUUGUUUGAGGGCGUUGAGGACAAGGCUGGAAAACUUGAGCUCUUGUCAUGUAUCCUUCCCAAGUUCUUUGCAAUGGAUCACAGGCAUCUUCGACUUGAUGGUGGCACAAAGUCGGAGGAGCGUGCCUUGCAUGCCAGUAUACAGCAGUUCAAUACGAAGGAUUCGGAUAUCAAAGUAUUCAUCCUGUCUACAGGAGCUGGUGGUUUGGGACUCAAUUACAGACUGCAGAUACGGUGA